AUGGAGGCAAAGGUUUUUAUUGUGCUGUCCAGAGCCCUUCUCGUAGUCUCUCUGCUUCAUCUUUAUCCUCAAAGUGUGGAGUCAGUAGCCAUCAAUGUCCCAGAGAAUCAGUGUAAGAAAGGUUUCAAACCAUCAACAUCCCCCAACUUCCUGAAAGAAGACAAAAACAUAGAUGUGAGAAAUAUCAUACGUGCUGAUGAAAAUCCAGUUUACAAAGGCAAAGAACUCAUUGCUGCAGGUGUACAGAAGACACCAAACAUUGCUCAUUCAGAGUUUCUACUGAUGAACCCUCCAGAUAAUUCACCCUUGACAAGAUUGUUGAAUACUAGAAAGAAUGGUUGUGUGGUUUUCUACACUUUAAACUCUCCCUGUAUGAACACAUGUCUCCGUGGCAAGUACAAGAUUACAGGAGGGCUUGAUAAAUUAAAAGCAUACAAAGGAAUUAAAGCUUUUGCUUUCAAAAACAUCUGGAAUCCUGAUCAAAACAGACCAGAUGAGCUGAGAGAGAAACUUAAGGUGAUUGCUAGUCGUAUUCCACUCUACCGCUGUAAUGGAAAUACUUGUACCCUUUGUGGAGAGCAAAGGUCAAACACCGAAAUAAAUGAGACCUGUUUAAAUGGGUAAUUAUUAUUUAUUUAUUUAUUUUUUUGCAUAGUGCUGAGGUACUGAUGUUCAAUGACUCUCUUGCUUGAUUAAUUGUCUUAACUAAAAUUUCAGAUAUUCUGUUUGUGCAUACAUUGACUGAGAUGUGUUCUGUUAUUAAAGUGGCUUUGCUAUUGCUUUAGGGA